AUGACCUCCGACGAACAGCCCACACCCGAGACCCAGCCAACGCUCUCCUCAGCGGCCGCGCCCAUCCCAGCGCCCGCAAUAUCGCUCAAGACCGAGCUUCCUAAGACGCAGAAAUCAUGGAGACCGACAGCCAAGGGCAAGCCUGCCGACGUUCUCAAGCUCCGCGAAGACACCCCGAUCCCCCCACUCACUAAGGGCACCGUUCUCGUCAAGGUCCACGCCGUGGCUCUCAACCCAGUAGGGUACAAGGUGCUCGACUUCUUGCCCGGCUUCCUGCUCCGACGCAUACAGGCGCACGAGUUCGACCUCGCCGGCGUCGUCGUCGACGGCAACGGCACCGACUUCAAACCCGGAGACGAGAUCUUUGGCUCGAACCCUGUCCCGGUCACGGUCUCGUCUGGCUGGGGCUCGCUCGCGCAGUACGCCCGCGUCCAGGCCGGCCGCGCCGUUCUUCGCCCGGCCUGCCUCACGCCCGUCCAGGCUGCUGGGAUCCCGAUCGCGGGCCUCACCGCGUACCAGGCGCUGCAGAACAUCGGCGCGCUCAAGCCCGGCCAGCGCGUGUUCGUCAACGGCGGGAGCACCGCGGUGGGCGCGUGGGCGAUCCAGCUCGCGAAGGCAUGGGGCGCACGCGUUGUCGGCGCGAGCACGAGCGCGAAGAACGAGCAGUACGUGCGCGGGUGCGGCGCGGACGUGGUCUACGACUACGCGAAGGCGCCGCUGCACGAACAGCUCAUUUCUGCGGCGAAGGAGGCCAAGGAGAAGGCCAAGGAAGGGGAGGAGGCGGAGGGGGUGUAUGAUGUGUUCUUCGAGGCGGUCGGGUUCAUGGACCCGGCGCUGUUCGUUCACAGCGCGGCGUACCUCGCGCCGAAGGGCGUCUUCGUCUCCGUUGGGCCGCAGGGACCGGGACUUCCGUCGUUCCUGUGGAACGUGAUGCUCAAGCCGGGGUUCUUGGGUGGGACGAAGCGCAAGUGGAAGUUGGUCAACGUGGACCCGAUCAAAAAGGACUUGGAAGCGUUUGCGAAACUGUGCGAAGAAGGCAAAGUCAAGCCGCUAGUUGACUCGGUCUUCGCGUUCGAGGACGCACUCAAGGCGUACGAGCGAGUCAUGACCGGGCGCGCGACGGGAAAGGUGGUCAUCAAAGUGGAUUCGGAUUCGGAGUGA